AGUUGUGGGAUCUUUCGGCCCUCAUGAUAGGAAGCAAUCUCUUUAGAUUGUCUGCCUGUUUGUCACUCGUUUGCCCUUUUCGCCCUGCUUGGGGAUUUUUGCAUUUUGCGGGUAGCGGGAUUCCCCGGGUCGGUCUAAGACAUCAGAGUAGAUUGUUUGUGCAGUUUGAUUCUCAUAGGAGAAGUCUCAGUUACACAAGUCACCGGCACUGGGGAAGGAGUUACCAGACGCACCAAAGGCCUUCGAUGAUGGCAGACUGCCCUCCAAUUGUGGAUUGUGAUUGGCUACACAAGAAUCUUGAGAAAGUCUCAAUCUUGGACGCUUCCUGGUACCUGCCUGCAAUGCAGCGUGAUGCCAUCAAGGAAUUUUCGGAGAGGAGAAUUCCGGGAGCGUUCUUCUUCGACAUCGACAAGGUCAGUGAUACUGAUUCACCUUGGCCGCACAUGAUGCCGUCAGCUCCAACAUUCGCAAAGCUCUCCCGUGCAUGGUACAUGUUCAAGGCCAUGGGACAUGCCAAGGUUUCCAUCCUCAAUGGAGGUUUUCCCAUGUGGGAGUCGCUGGCACACCCUGUCGACCGCGAAAGGAAGCCUGUUGAUGCUACCAGCUCGAGUCCAGCAGAAUACACAUGCGAGGUUCUCAAAGGUUCAAUCUUGGACAUGGCGCAAGUGGAAGCAAACAUCGGUUCGAAGCAGUUCCAGCUCAUUGAUGGUCGGCCCAAGCCCAGAUUUGUUGGUGAAGCGCCAGAACCGAGACCGAUCGAGUCGGGCCACAUCGAAGGCAGCUACUCCGUGCCUUUCCUCGACGUCCUCAGACCCGACGGUACUUUCAAGGAUGAAAGCGAGCUCAAGCAAGUGUUUCAUGAAGCUAAGGUCGACUUGAGCCAGCCAUGCGCCGUGACCUGCGGAAGUGGGGUUACUGCGUGCGUUGUCCGAGCAGCCCUUGAGAUAGUAGGUGUCCGCGAAGCUCCGCUGUAUGAUGGAGCAUACACCGAAUGGAAAACUACCGGCAAGCCGACAUACAAGGGACUUGACAAGUCUCCUUAUGCUCAGUGAGUCUUGCCUUGUGUGGCCUCUCGCCACCGCACUGACUCUCAAAGGUUCAACGUUUCUUCGUCUAGAGGUACUGCCAGGCUUUAAAACAGUCAUGAUGAGAGUCAUUGAAACGGUACAUUGGG